CCUCUGAGCCCUACAUCGACCUCUGACCCCUACUGCCCAGUUACUGACCUCUGACCCCUACAUCAUUUACUGACCUCUGACCCCUACAUCAGUUACUGACCUCUGACCCCUCUGUCACAGUUACUGACCUCUGACCCCUACAUCUGUUACUGACCUCUGACCCCUACAUCAGUUACUGAUCUCUGACCCCCCGACUUUUAACAGAACUGUAUUCCAGUGUCAUCAUUGUAUUUAUUUAAUAAUGAACAUUGAUGCAUUGCUAAAGUUGUCUUUAUACUCAGAAUAAGUGUGCGGAUGGAGAACCAGCUGUACCAAACACACGACUAGGUAGCGUUUUGUUCGGGGUUGUAUGUCGAUCUUGAACAACAAACCCUGUGUUGUGCGUCUGGUGUCGAUGAUGAGACGGACGAGGGUUAGAGAGGAGCAGCGCCUCGGCCAGAUGGACUCUAGCCGUGGGCCGUCCUAAGAGCAUUAAGCCUCCUGGAGCCAGCGUGGUGAGACUCAGUCAGACUCACUCAGAGGAGUGACGGAGGAGAGGAGUGACGGAGAAGAGGCAGGGCUGAGGCUGGAGGAGCCGCAGGAGGAACCAGACUUUAGUUUAACGCUCAUGAGCGGGGAGGAGACACGAGGGCUGAAAUGAUCUCCAGAGAAGACUCAUGGACGGCCAAGUCCUCCGACACUCUGGAGUCCUUCCUGAAGAUGGAGGACUCCAAGCUGCCCGUGUCCUUGAGGAGUAACCUGCUGGACCUGUUCGGGCAGAUCGAGAGGGAGUUCGAGAACCUCCACAUCGAGAACCUGGAACUGCGGCGGGAGAUCGAGACUCUGAACGACCGCCUGGCCGCCGAAGGCCAGACCCUGGAGGGCGGAGAUCUGGCCAAAGGAGCCCUCAAAACCAAAGCGAGCCACAGCACCAGCCAGCUGUCCCAGAAGCUCCGGACCACCUACAAGGCCUCCACCAGCAAGCCGCGCUCUAACUCUUGCCACGCCCGCGUGGGCGGACCGUGCAGCUUCAGCGUGACCAGCUGGGAGCUGUGGGGUGGCGACUCAUGGAUCGUGUCCAGCUUCAAGACCACCACCUCCCGGGCGGUCUGCCAGCUGCUGAAGGAGUACGCCGGCCACCGCGACGGCAUCUGGGACCUCAGCGUCAGCCGCACCGGGCCACUGGUGCUGGGGACGGCCUCCGCAGACCACAGUGCCAUGCUGUGGAGCAUCGAGACGGGGAAAUGUCUCCUGAAGUACGUGGGCCACCAGGGAUCAGUGAACUCCAUCAAGUUCCACCCCACAGAGCAGAUGGCUCUCACAGCCUCUGGCGACCAGACGGCCCACAUCUGGAGGUACAUGGUGCAGCUGCCCACGCCGACGCCCGCCACCGACCUCACCCAGCAGCAGCAGCCGCCGCCCUACGAGGAGGACGGGGAGCUGUCGGACAGGGAGGAGCCUGACGGCGAGGGGGAGGGGCCAAGCGAGUGCCCGUGCGUGCGCGUGGCCGCCACCACGCUGCGCUCCCACCAGGGGGUGGUGAUCGCCGCCGACUGGCUGGUGGGCGGGAGGCAGGUGGUGACGGCGUCCUGGGACCGCGCCGCCAACCUCUACGACGUGGAGACCUCCGAGCUCGUCCACUCGCUGACCGGUCAUGACCAGGAGCUGACCCACUGCUGCACCCACCCGUCCCAGCGGCUGGUGGUGACGUCGUCCAGAGACACCACCUUCAGACUGUGGGACUUCAGAGACCCCGCAAUCCACUCCGUCAACGUCUUCCAGGGACACACUGACACGGUGACCUCGGCGGUGUUCACGGCGGGCGACAACGUGGUCUCCGGGAGCGACGACCGCACUGUCAAGGUGUGGGACCUGAAGAACAUGAGGUCGCCCAUAGCAACCAUCCGCACCGACUCGGCCGUCAACAGGAUCUCUGUGUCGGUGAACCAGAGGGUGAUCGCUCUCCCCCACGACAACCGCCAGGUCCGGCUCUUCGACAUGUCCGGCGUGCGACUGGCCAGACUCCCCCGUAGUAAUCGACAGGGUCACCGCCGCAUGGUGUGCUGCACAACCUGGGGGGAGGACUCCGCCUCCUGCAACCUCUUCAGCUGCGGCUUCGACCGGCAGGCCAUCGGCUGGAACAUCAACAUCCCCGCGCUGUUGCAGGAGAAAUAACACACACGUCCCCACAAACCUACAUACACACGUGUCCCACGCAAACCUACACACACGUCCCCACAAACCUACACAUGCAAGUCCCCGCAAACCUAAACACACACGUCCCCACAAACUUACACACACACUUCCCCACAGCCCUACACACACCACAGCCGGGGUCUGAUCGACCAGACGUCUCAUAACCUUUAAGGCGAGAGCCAGGGACUCACCUCUCUCUGUCUCUCUCACCUCCUGCUCUCAUCUCCUGUCCUCUCUCCUCUCACUCACGUCCAUUCUGAACACCUCUGUCUGCUCCUGGUUGUGCAGAGUCUGGCAGUGUGAGUGUGUGUGUUAAACGUGUUUGUGUGCUAGCAGGGACGUCCCUAGUUGUGUGUAACACGUGAAGUCGCCUGUUGUUUCUGAUCCUUUAAACAUUGUGUGUACAGCGAUGUGAAGGUGGUGUGUUGCUCCUGUUCAAAGCCAAUGUCCCACAAUGCUUCACUUCAGCAGCGGUGGCUGUCGAUCAAUGGAUCACGAGGGCAGCGGGGGCCACUGGCUCUUGUUUUAACCCCAAAGUAAAAAAAAAGAAAGUUAGCACAAAAGGCUAAUGCUAAUGUAUGCUAGCCUGACACCGAGCUAACCAACUCUGCUAGCUUAACCUGUGCCAAUGACAGUGGAGCGACGUUUAAAGAGGGUUGCCCUCCACAUCCUGUUAGCGGUCAAAACGUGAUGAUAGUGUGUUGUGUUGAUAACUUUAACGACGCCAGGAGUGAUCUCUGUUAUAGGCAAGUGCCAUGUUGUUAUAUGCUAAUAUACCUGGGUGGACGUUAACUCUGACGAUGUUUACAAAGACGGCCCAAACUCCUGGGUGGAACCUGUGUGUGUGUGUGUGUGUGUGUGUGUGUGUGUGUGUGUGUGUGUGUGUGUGUGUGUGUGUGUGUGUGUGUGUGUGUGUGUGUGUGUGUGUGUGUGUGUGUGUGUGUGUGUCAGAGCGAUAUGCCUUUUCUUUUUAGAGCUUGUUUUAAAAAGCACAACAGACCGACCAGCGCCUCCGUGGUCUGAGAGGGUGUACUGCGAUGUUCGGACCAGAACUCCACCUUCAGAGUCAGAGAACCUGUGGGCCUUUUCACCCAGCGGCCAUCUUGGUUCUAAACGCUAGCCGGGUGGAUUUAGAUCAAAGAUGGGCGAUGGGUGAAUAUGACCCAUGGAGGGUCGUUCUGUUGACCACUCCGUUGUCGUGGUUUUGUCUGGUCGACGGGAACACAGACCUGAGGACGCAGUCAAAUUUCGCAGUGUUUUCGACAAGAAAAAAACCAAAAUGUUGAAAUCCUGUGAACAUUACAAGACGGAUCCUUCUGUGCCCUUAAGUCGUUAGUCUCGUGCCGUUACGGGGACUCCACUAAGGGUCAGAGGUCACCUGAGAACAUGAGGUGAAGGUGCAGUUUUAUUCAUGCAAUAGUUGUGUGAGCUGUUAGCUAGUCCACUGCCAGUCAUACCCCAGGAAGCACGUUGGAAGACGUGUGAUAGAACUCUGUGAUGUGUUGUGCGUUUGCUGUGAAAUAAGGGGGGGCGGGGCCAAACGCCAAGCUGACGUCCGUCUGUCUGCCUGUAGGUCUGUGGGCUUGACCAACCAACGUCUCAAUUAAUGUCGCACAACGGCCUACACACACCACAUUGUUGCCCAGGCAACUGUUGUCAUCGAUAGGCUGUCUCACCUUGCUGUACUGUCUGAAUGUUACCCCCCCCCCCCCCCCCAUAUCAGUGAGUCUUCUGAAUCUAGCGUUUAGAUUUGUGACCCAUUUUUCUAAUUUGUGACGAAGUAAUCCUGGAAGCGAUUUUUUGCCUAGCAUUUUGUACAAAGAUAUGUCCAUUUUCUUUUGGCGUAGAUGACCAGUAUUUAUAUGAUUAUAUAUGUAUAGAAAAAUAUUAUUUUGCUAUGUUUACAUGCGUGCGUCAUGCCUUUCUGUUUGAUAGCGGUAGAGCUAACAGCUAACAAUAGCCACUCACACACCAAGAACGUUUCACUCCCUUUUAGCCCUGUGUCUCUUUAAAACAAAAAAGAUUAACAAUUGUAUGGUGAAAUAGGUAUGUUUGAGAUAAGUGAUGUUUCUCCCUCGUUGCAUUAAUUGGCUGACAUAGUAGUGGAUGGACUGGAGUCUAACCUCGGUUUGUCCAGUGGAAAUAUCCCUCCGUCAUGGCCGUGUAAUAGAUGCAGUCUUCUCCCUAUCCCUUUCUUUCUGGUGUUCGUAAAUUACUUCACCUCCCAAGCACUUAAGCCAUCCCUGGUCCGGGCAGAAUUCUCUGCUUCAUUCUUGGCAACGGGUAGAAGGAAAAGUCUGCUCCUUUAAUUGCAUCUUUUAUGUGUUUUAAGAACUUGUAUCAUUGUUCAGAUUGUUACUUUUUCCUGCAUGGUUUUUUAAUCAAUUCACUGGAUCAGCACCCCUUCUGGGGAUACAUGGUUAUGGCAGCUGCUCUUUCUGAUUGGCUACUAGUGGUGCCAGGUGAUGUCAUUCGAGAUACAUUCCAUGGCCAAAUGCGCGCCGGGUCCUGAAUCGAAUGUGUCAGAAACAGCGAUUCAUCGUUUCUUUGAUUUAGUUUAAAGUUCAGUCACUCUUAAGUUAAAGUGUUCAACCGCCCACAAAAUCAAAUCUUACGUCAGUGGCAAAAAUACAUCUCCUUCAGCCUCACAGAGUCUGUGUCAUCCUUGUAAAACUGGUGUGAAACUAACUUCUACGAUGUUGAAUGUGAUAGGAUUGUUCUUAACUUAACAAGGAACUACACGGCGUAAUGAAAUCGUUGAUCUGUUGUACUGAAAAACACGCGUCUGCUGCGUAAAUAAACAUGUUUUGCUGUUU